CGGUCGCAAUGGUAAACAUCGCUGUCAACUAUGGAGCAACCCCGUAAAAAGGGUCGUUUCGCAAAGUCUACCAAGUAUAAGCAGUAUGAAAGAGUCACAGAAGCACAGAGACAGCGGUGGCAAAAAGAAGAUGUGAUUCUGCAUCAUAAUUAUUCACAGAAUGAAUGUUCCCGUAGCGAUAAACCAAAUGAAAACCCCUGCGAUAGGCCGUCUGUGGUCUGCAGUGCGGGUGAUGGUGUACCUUUACCUGACGUCGCUUCGUUUGAUGUAUGCAGUGAGCAUGAAAGAAACAAGCCUAGACUGGACAAGGACUGGAGGGCAGGACGUAGAGUUAUUGAAUUAGGAGUGCUGGCAGAUGGACUGUCUGGGUGUAAAAAGUGUGGUCUACCCCUCCAACUGUCUCAUUGCACAGGAAUUAUAACCUUUGGUCUUGCAGCUAUGCUCAAGAUACCAUGCAUGAAUACCCAAUGCCAAUAUGUUAACAAUGUGCCUACUGGAAAGAGACACAAUAGAGUCUGGGAUGCUAACAGCAAGCUAGCUGCAGCUGUCCAACAUACUGGUAUUGGUUAUGAACAGAUCAGUGGAAUACUUGCUGAAUUAAAUGUCCCACCUGUCAGUCGAACAUUACUGAGUAGCAGGCAGGAAGAGGUUGGAUCUGCCACAGAGUCAGUUGCAACAGAAACAAUUCAGGAAGCUCUUGAACAGGAAGUCCUGACAACAUCUAUGAGCAAUCAAUCUUCCUCCAUUACUGUGAGUGUAGAUGGGGCAUGGCAAAAGCGAGGAAGUGGGAGGUCAUAUGACAGCCUUACUGGACACUGCUCAAUGAUAGGAAGCCAGACGGGAAAAAUUGUGGGUUAUAGCUUUAGGAACAAAUCAUGUAGAAUUUGUGAACGAGCAGAAAAAAACAACCAAGCCCCAGUUCCACAUGAAUGCAAAAGGAAUUGGACAGGUAGCUCCAAGUCCAUGGAAUCUGACAUGGUGGUGGAAUUGGUUAAAUCAACAUUGAAGAAAGGGAUUCAAGUAGAGGCACUAGUUGGGGAUGACGACACAACCACAAUGUCAAGAAUUCAUAAAGAAAUAGACCCAAGCAUCAAAAAGCACUCCGACAAAAAUCAUAUUAAAAAAAAUGUAUCCAAUUCACUCUAUGCGCUGCAAAAGAAACACAACAGUUUAUCAUCAAAAGUGAUAAAAUACAUUCAGAAGUCUUUCAACUAUAUGAUCUCUCAAAACCAGGGGAAUCCCACCGGGAUAGAGAAAGGCCUUGAUGCUCUGGCUCUUCACCCAUUCAACGACCACAGCCAGUGUAGUGAAGUAUGGUGCCACCACAAAAGAAAUACAACAAAGAAAUACAGUUCACUACCCUAUGGACGGCCUUUAGAGAGUGAGAACCUAAAGCAAGAUCUUUUAAGCAUUUUCAACAGACUAAAGAAACAUAGCACCAACCUUGCCAAUCUUGGAAGCACCCAAGCAAAUGAAAGCUUCAACAAGACAGUAGCUUCCAAGGCACAUAAAUCCCGCCUCUUCAGUCGUACUAUUGGCUACAGAGUUGCAGCUAGUGUAGCACAGAAAAACCUAGGGCAACGGUAUUUGAUUGAGGUCAACAAAAAAAUGGGAUUAUCACCAGGCGGACACACCAAAAAAUUGACUGCAAAAAAGGACAAGUCUGCUGGUCGUAAAAAGGCAUUGUCACUAACUACGAAGGCAAAGAGGAGGAGAUUAUUUCUCAAGGCAGAAAGGAAACAAGUGAUAGCCUGCAAAGAAACAAGAGAGGGGCCAACUUACUCUUGCGGUAUUGGUUUGCAUACUGGGAAUGACACUGAAACCAUUCCAGCUCCUGUUACCCAGCCCCUAAAACAGCCUCUACAGAUUUCUAAAGAGAAUCCUUUGAUCUUUUUUGACCUUGAAUCAACAGGACUAGCAAGGACCUCUCAUAUCACACAGAUGGCAGCUGUGUUUGAAGAGGAAGUGUUCUCAGAAUAUGUCACGCCAGAGGUUCCUAUCACACAGAAAGCUGCAGAAGUCACCGGAAUUACAUUUUUAGCAGGAAAAAUGUAUUGUAGAAAUGUUGAAGUUAAUGCUCUCAAACUCACUGCUGCUGUCGAUUCCAUUCUUGAUUUUUUCUCAAGGUUUCAGUCAAAGGUAGUUUUGAUUGGUCAUAAUGUUAAAUCAUUUGAUUGUCAUUUAUUUUUAAAUGCUGUUGAGGCUUGUGGGAAAACUGAUGAGUUUUCAAAAUGCAUAGCUGGAUUUAUAGACACAAAGUUACUUUUCAAACUUUUUGAUCCAGAAUUAAAAUCUUACUCACAGAGUGAACUUUUCAAGCACUAUCUUUCAUUAGAUUACAGUGCUCAUAAUGCUCUGGAUGAUGUGAUGGCAUUACAGAAACUUGUGAAUUCUGUUGGGAUUGAUGUAACCAGCUCCAUGUAUUCAGCUGCUUCUUUUACAUUUUCAAAUGCUUUUGAAAACUUUAAGUACAGUUCUGAGGUUCAUAAAAAUGCACCUUCUUUAGAACAUUUAGUUAGGGAGAAGAUUUUAAGUAAGAGCAUGGCCAACAAAAUUGCAGGUAGUGGGUUAAACUUUAGGUUUUUGCAAAUGGCCUACACUAGAAACCCUCAGGAUGGAAUUCUGAAUUUACUUUCAGAGCAAAUAGUAGACACUAAUCAUGUUCGUGUUACAAAGUCUCAAAAAGUAAUUUCAUGCUUGAACAAAUAUUUUGCUUCCAAAUGUGAAAGUUAACUAGAUUUUUGAAAAUUUGUAGAAUUUUCAAAGGAAUUGUCAUUUUCAGGGUAACUAUAUCAUUGUGCAUGUAUAUGCAAAUGUUGACCAGUACAUUGUAACACAAUAUUUGAAAAAAAGUAAGUGUUAUGUGAUUACCAGGUAGCUAGAUUUCGAACAUUAGUAGAAUUUUCA